UCCCUGGCCCGGAGGGGAGGCAGAGGCAGCAGCAACUACCACCAUCAGAGUAAUCUAAUCUCCCCUCUUCUCCCGCUUGGCCUCUUCCCCUGCAGUGCCGUCUGCAGCGGCCUCCAAAGCAUCAACCCCAUCCAACGACCAACCCGCUUCCAACAAAGACGCCAUCAACAGCGACAAGGCAGCAGCAGACAAGGCAGGGAUGGAGGGACUGCAUCGGCCAGAGGAGGAGGAGAACGGGAGGAAGCCGGCGCCGGUGGUCCUCCUCAGGCUGUUCGGCGUGGACGUCGUCGCCGACGAGGAGCCGGAUGACAACGACAUCGGGUUCGAGCUCAGGAAGAGUUCGAGCAUGCAGAACCUCACCAUCCCCUCCGCCGAGCCGCUCCUGCCGCACGGGGAGGCCGGCGAGGGCAAGGUGUACGCCUCCGACGAUCUGGAGCUGGCCUCCAGGCAGCAGAAGCGCCGCCGCCGCAAGGCCCAGGAGAGGAAGAAAGGGAUUCCGUGGACCGAGGAGGAGCACAGGAAGUUCCUGGACGGCCUGAGGCAGCUGGGCAAGGGGGACUGGAGGGGCAUCUCCAAGAGCUUCGUGACCACCAGGACGGCGACGCAGGUGGCCAGCCACGCCCAGAAGUACUUCCUCCGCCAGACCAACCCCAGCAAGAAGAAGCGCCGGGCCAGCCUCUUCGACGUCGGCAUCGCCGACUUCGGCGACGAUCAGUUUCAGGUGCCGCCAAGCCCUCCAAACAGUGCCACUAAGCCUGCUCCUGUUCAGGAGAUAAUUCAUACCGACCGCGGCGAUGUCCCUGUAAUUUCUGCAGAUGCAUUCCCGAUACCAAGCUGUAGGGGCUUCGGAGGGAUUUUAUUAGGGAAUAACAUUCAGGUUAGUGAACUGACUAAUUACUUCGUGACGACAAUGGGUCACGGCGAGACGUCGCUCGCGUCCAUGUCCUCCGGCCUGGAACCGGCCUCGUCCGUCAGCAGCCUGGAGCUCAGCAUCGCCGUCAACAAUCUGGAGCUCAGCAUCGCGCCUCCCGCUCGCUACGGCUGCGGCGGCGCUGCCGGGGCAAUCAAAGUGCUGUGACUCCAGGCGCGCCGGGCUGCUCGGGCUCAGCCGCCGCGAUCUCUGUACCAGCUGCACGCAGGCACCUCCUGCCUGUUCGAUCUUGUUGUUGUCGUCGUCUUUGUUGUGCUAAUAACUUCGUGUUCGUCGUCGAUGGCGUGCCGGCGUUCUAUAGUUUCAUGUAAUCCUAUCCUAGUAUACUACUACUACAGGAAGAAAGUUUGUGCUGGUUGGUUGGUAGUAGAAGCUGUUGAGCAGAAAUCAGAUUUACUAUUUGUUGCA